AGCUCUGAGAUCCGAAAAAAGAAAUAAAGAAAUGACUAAUAAUCUCCUUGCAAUGCAAGCAGAAGGGACGGAUCAGGAAGCAGAAGCAGAAGCAGCAGCAAUACUCCUUGCAAUGCAAGCAGCACCGGCAGUCAAUAUUCGCACAUUUCCGAUUCUCCCAGAGGCUCGGGAGCCUGAUAACUUGUCCUCUGUUGCUAGAAGGGCUGCCGUUAAAGAGUCUCGAAGAGUUCCUCAUAACUUAAUAUUCCGCGAGGGGUGGGGCGCCAGAAGACCUCGUUCUGCUAUUGCAAAGUGGGGCACAAAAAAACCUCGUUCUGGACCUGUUAUUGCAAAGUGGGACACAAAAAAAAAUGUGUUCUAUUAUAAUAAAUAAAUCUCAAAGCACCACAACUCAAUAAAUUAGGUUCAGAUCAUGUAGCAGAAGUUGUUCCAAUUAUGUAAGAAGUCAAGCGUUCGAAUUCCAUAGCUCUGGUGGCAAAGGAGUUGUCAAAAGCUGAGGAGGUCUUGUGUUCGAAACCCACCAGCAGCAAUAAACCUCCCAAAAUUUG